AUGGUGACCACGUUGGGUCCCCCGGGAGAGUUCCAAAUUCCGCCCCCACCCGCCGCCCCCCUCCUGUGCGGCCCGGGCCCGCAUUCCGAAGGUUCUCGGCCCGCAGCAGAGUGCCUUGGCUGUGGUAGCUUUCUGCCCCCCUCACUACCACCCCUGCUCACCUCGGGCCGGGACCCGCGGGCUCCGGACGUCAGACCCUCCGCUGCAGGGUGGAGCGGGCAACGCGCUGGCUGCGGCCGCCGCCGGAGGGCCGCGGAGUCUCCUCCUCCCUCCGGGUGGGAGGGAAAGGAGGGGGGACGGCGGGGCCCCCUGGGCGAGCGCAGGCUGCGGCCCCGCGGUGAUCCCGGCAGGCCGAGUUGCUGGGGUCGGGGGCACCAGCUUAACCCGGGCGCAGGCCAGACCGGUGGGCUCUCCUGGAGAGCGGGCCGUACCCAGACGGAGGCCCCACCUCCAUGGGGGGAGGAAGGCAGGGUCCAGGGCCCCGUAGGGGCUCGGCUUUCCCGCCUCAGGUUUCCUGAGCGCCAACGACGCAUUAGGCGCCGCGGCAGAAGUGGGCCCCGCGGGCCCAGGCUCAGCACGUGGAGCGUGCUUACCAAGUCUUCACUUUUGUUACCUGCACCCUUCCUGGUGCUAGCUCUGCCACCGAUGAAACCGGCAAGUCUGUGUGUGCGUCGGCCUCAGUUUCACCUUUUGUAUAACAGAAGGGCUCGCAAAGCGAUUUCACGACUUCAGGCUCUCCAUCUGUGAAACGUGACAGCUUUAUAGAGCACUUCCAGUGACUUUGUCAGCCUUUG